AUGCGGCACCGCCCGCGCCGCGCCCCGGGCUCCCCCCGGCAGCACCGGGCGGGUCCCGUCCGCCGCCGCGCCCCGGAGAACGGCCAUGUCAUCUCCAACGGGGACAUGACGCCCAAGCUGGGGGUCGAGGUGGCCCCGCAGAACGGGAACGGCUCGGCGGAGCCCCCCAAGGAGGAGAACGAGGGCGGAGCGGGCGGGGCGGACACCAUCGAGCCCACCGAGGGCGCCGAGCCCCAGCCCGAAGGAGCCCCGGCCCCUAAGGACGCCGCCAAGAAGAAGAAGAAGUUCUCCUUCAAGAAACCCUUCAAGCUGAGCGGCAUCUCCUUCCGCAAGAGCAAGAAGGACGGCGGCGACUCCUCCGGCUCCUCGCCCGCGGACGAGCAGCCCCCGGCGGAGCCGCCGCAGCCCUCGGCUCCCCCCGAGGAGGAGCAGCGGGGCGAGCCCGGCGGCGGCGGAGGAGCCGCGGGCAGCCGCGAGGAAGAGGAGGAGAACCACGGAGGGGAGAACCACGGAGGGGAGAAACACGGAGGGGAGAAACACGGAGGGGAGAACCACGGAGGGGAGAAACACGGAGGGGAGAGCCACGGAGACUCCGCCGAGCCCGCGGAGCCCUCGCAAGGCGCGGAGCCCGCAGCGAGCCCGGCGGCGGCGGGGCAGGAGGAGGAGUAGAGACCGCUCGGGCAUCGCCCGCACCGGGGACUCUCACACCGGCCCCCGAGCCCCCGGAGCCGGUCCGAGCCCCCGGAGCCGGUCCGAGCCCCCGGACCGCCCCGGGACCGACACACGCCCCGCACAUCCCCCGCCGCUUUCUCUCCCUCCUCUCUCUCCCCGUU